AUGAACAACAGCAGAACAACGUGGGGUCCACUUUACAACAGAGCACCGACCAAGGUGGUUUCGAUUCCUGUUCAUUUUGUGGGGUCAGAGAGAACCAGAACCAAUUCGGCAACUAAUAUUCAGAGGGUUGCAAGAGGGUUUCUUGUGAGAAAGAGCGUGAAGAAGAUGUUGAAGAUGAAGGUGGAGUUGGAGGAGAUUGAGAUUAACGUUAAUGGCGAAGAAACUUUGAAGUUGUUGAAGAAGGACCAAAAGGAGAGGUUGAGAAUAGGUGAAACAAUCAUGAACUUGCUUCUUAAGUUGGAUUGUGUUAGAGUUUUUCAAUGUUAUGCUCUUAGGGAGUUUAGAAAGUCGUUGAUUAAAAGGGUCAUUUUUCUUCAAGAGUUUGUUGAUCAAAUUCAAAUGGUGGGUCCCACAUAUGAGGAUGAUAUUGUUAAGGGUAAUUUUGUUGGGGUUGAAGAGAAGGAAGAUGUUGG